AUGCAUCCGGCAUCAAGUUGUAUUCGAGAUUGUCAUUCCGACUCUGAGGGAUUAAGGUUGCAUCGACAUAAUUACUUCAGAAAGUUAAGCAUAAACCGAAAAGUCAAACCACAUGUUUUACGCAGUAGUGAGAAAAUCAGCCAUACUUAUUCUGCUUUGGAGUCUUUUGAUAAAGUACGUCUUCGUCAUUCACAGAGUUGUUCGUCUUCCGGCCCAACUAAAAUGGAAACACCGCGCUCUUGUAUGCAGUUUGAAAGUAUUCAUGCAACUAGUAGCACAGAGGCACACAAACGCUCAGCAGUCUCGUAUCGCAUUGGAUCAAUGAAGGAAGAUGAGCAAGUCAGUGCAACUUCCGAAGAGUCAUCGACUGUUCAUAUGAACAGUGCUUCGAAUCCCAGUCAUGGCAUUUCCAAACGAGAGUCCAGCAAUUUUGUCACCGGAUCCGUUCAGAGUCUACCGUAUCGCCGUCACAGUCCACGAAAAGUUAUUCGAAAAGUCUAUACCGGCAGUUUGACUGUGCCAAAAAUACUUAAUCGAAAACGUAUUUCUGCUGUUAUUACCAAUCCACUCGGUAGUUCAAACGUCAGCAUAUCGAUCGCAUCUACAAAUUCUCUAACAAGUGCCUUGGUGUCAAGUUCGACGGGUAGUACUGUCUCAUGCACAACGCCGAACAACUCAGGUUUAAGUUCGUCUGCAUCAGCUGUCCUUUUUCAUGAUGCUCAAAUGCCUGCGUAUUCCGCAGCAAACCAUUUCAGACGUUUACAAGCCACAACAACGCUGGGCGUCGUACAAAAUCACACGACAAAUCUAGAGCAGUCAAAAGUGAAUGGUCCUACUUUGAGUGUUAUUCCUUCAGCCUUAUCUGAUCCACGAUCUAACACCAAAUCAAAAAUACAAGAUUCUGAUGUAACGCUUUCAAAACAGGACUCUUCCAUUCCUUUAGAGGCGGAUAUGCCUAUUGACUGUACUGACCAUGAGAACCUACAUGCGGAUUAUUCCUCAAAAUCUGUAACCAGUGAGCUUAUUCCUGAUGGUAAUUUCGGCGAACAUAAUUUGUCAACUGUAACUGCAAAGAGCGUGAGUGAUUCGACGCCAGAAACUCCGCAAAUCGAAAUGGAAAGUAAUGACCCCCCCACAAAUACAGUUUCUGGUGAACUUCAUAUGAAGGUUGAUACAGAAUCAAUAGCAGUUUCAGGUGAUGUGUGCUCGGAAAACAACGUUCCAUAUGGUGUUGUUAGUACUAGUAGUUGUCAUGUUCCAACUGUUUCAAACUUCGUAAAUGAUGAUGAAAUCACUUCAGUAAUUGAUGAUUCUCACACACCAGCUACGUCUCUCAGUGCAAGCCAACUUCUUAAAUUAAAACGUUUACAAGAUGAAACUAGUCGACCGGUUUCUCGACGAGACUCCCGGUCUCCUCACCGCUCUUCUCAUACAUCGUUGCAAGUUCAAUCUCCCGGAAAUCCUGUAACUACUCGUUCUCAAAAUCAGUCUCAGCAACCCGAACCAGAAACAGGUUACACACAGUGCUUACAGCCUUCACAGUUCCCGCAACCUGAACAAUCCUUACAGUACAACCAACCAUCAAUGGUGCAAAACACCCCUGGGCUUAACUCUGACCUUCGAUCAUUCUCAGUCCACCUGAAUCAAGAAUUAAGUAAUAGAAACAAUCCAAAACUUGAAAUUGAUGAUAAGGAUGAUGAUGAAGAUGAUGAUAUGGAAGACUUUGAACUCAAAAAUAUUACAAAGGUGUUUGAACCUCCUAAUGUUACUUCAUUUCAGCCCACUUCUCUACCUACACAUAAGUUAACUUCAAGCCGUUUUUUUGACAACAUUCCCUCAUCAGUAACUACCCUGCAAACAACAAUAUCUACAGAACCUCAGAGUUUUCCUUCUGCAAAUUCCCACCAUCCAACGUUUAUGAGAACACCUCGUGCUAGUUGGCCAAUUGGACGCCCUACCUUAAAUCCUGCGUAUGCUAGUUGUUCGCGAUUACAAUCCCAGUGUUAUAAUCCUGUCGUACCUCCUGCAGUUCGUUGCUUUCUUGAUUCAGAUCAGAAUGCAGGUUCCCGCAAUAUUGGUGAAAACUUUACCGCACCCAAGUCCCAUCAGUAG